CGUCCCUGCAUAGCCCGCCUGGCCCCGCCAUGCUGGUGCCCGUGUUCUCGCUGAAGCUCAGCCACAAGAUCCUGCCCCGCAUGGUGGCGCUGGGCCGGUACGAUGGGACGCACCCCUGCCUGGCGGCCGCCACGCAAGCGGGCAAGGUUUUUAUUCAUAAUCCUCAUGCCCGUGGGCAGAGAACAAGCACAAACCGAAUGGUGCAAAGUAAUCAAGACUCUGACAUUUCCCUUCUCAACAUUAAUCAAGCAAUCAGUUGUCUUGCUUCAGGAGUGCUGAACCCUCAGCUUGGUUAUGAUUGUCUUCUGGUUGGAACACAGACUAAUUUGUUGGCUUAUGAUGUGUAUAACAACUCAGAUUUGUUUUACAGAGAGGUUUCAGAUGGAGCCAAUGCAAUAGUCCUUGGGAAGCUGGGAGAUAUUUCUUCUCCAGUUGCUAUUAUUGGUGGAAACUGUGCCCUGCAGGGCUUUGAUUAUGAAGGAAACGACCUUUUUUGGACAGUUACUGGAGACAAUGUUCGUUCAUUAGCACUGUGUGAUUUUGAUGGUGAUGGCAAAACUGAGCUUCUUGUUGGCUCUGAAGAUUUUGACAUCCGGGUGUUCAAACAAGAUGAGAUCGUGGCAGAAAUGUCAGAGACGGAGACUGUUACUGCACUUAACCCCAUGUGUGGCAGUCGGUUUGGUUAUGCUCUUUCUAAUGGAACAGUCGGAGUUUACGAGAAGACAAACCGUUACUGGAGGAUUAAGUCUAAAAACCAAGCGAUUAGCAUACGUGCAUUUGACCUGAACUCUGAUGGUGUAUCUGAGUUGAUCACUGGCUGGUCCAAUGGGAAGGUUGAUGCACGCAAUGACCGAACUGGGGAGGUCAUCUUUAAGGACAACUUUGCUUCCUCAAUUGCAGGAGUGGUGGAGGGGGAUUACAGAAUGGAUGGGAGCAACCAGUUAAUCUGCUGUUCAGUUGAUGGUGAAAUCCGAGGCUAUCUGCCAGGAGGUGAGGAGAUGAAAGGAAACCUAAUGGAUACAAGUGCUGAGCAGGAUCUGAUCCGAGAACUUAGUCAAAAGAAACAAAAUCUGCUGCUGGAAUUAAGAAAUUAUGAGGAAAGUGCAAAGGUCGAGCUGAACACUAAGAAAAUAGAUGGGCAGAGAGGUGUGAUUCCAGCAAAUACCCAACUCCAGACAGCCCUCUUGGUUAAUCUGGGCUCUGACAGCCGGUCUGCCCAUGUGGAGCUAUGUAUUUCCACCACAAAUGACACAAUCAUCCGUGCUGUGCUGAUCUUUGCUGAGGGCAUAUUUGAAGGAGAGAGCCAUGUAGUACACCCCAGUCCCCAGAAUCUCUCAGGCUGUAUUCGUGUUCCCCUUACACCAGCCAAGGAUGUUCCUGUGGAUUUGCACAUCAAAGCCUUUGUGGGUUACAGGAACAGCACACAGUUCCAUGUAUUUGAGUCGACAAGACAGCUUCCCCGCUUCUCAAUGUAUGCCCUGAGCAGCCCAGACUCAGCCGCAGAGCCCCUGAGCUUUCUUAACUGUACGAUGAGCGAGAGGCCACAAAGGAUUGUUAUGUGGCUGAAUCAGAGCUUCUUGCUACCGGAGGAUGUGGAAUUUCAGAGCGUUCCCUUUCAGGUUUGCUUCACUUCCCUUCGUAAUGCAGGCCAGCUCUGCAUCAAAAUCAAGCCUGGCGGAGAGAUUUCCAUCCAUACGGAUGAUAUUGAUCUAGCUGGUGAUAUUAUCCAGUCCAUGGCCUCCUUUUUGGCCAUUGAAGACCUGCAGGUGGAAGCAGAUUUCCCUGCCUACUUUGAGGAACUGCGAAAGGUGUUGGUCAAGGUGGAUGAACACCAUGCUGUGAACCAGAGGCUCACUGCCGACAUGGCUGAACACUCCAGACUCAUCCGCAGCAUGCUGCUUCAAGCAGAAGAUGCACGAUGCCUGGGGGACAUGAAAAACAUGAAGACACGUUACAUCGAGCUGUAUGAUCUUAACAGAGAUUUAAUAAGUCAAUACAAAAUACGUUGCAACAAUCACACAGAGCUGCUGAAUAACCUGAAAGCUGUGAAUCAGGCAAUCCAGAGGGCUGGGCAGUUACGUGUUGGCAAACCUAAAGCACAAGUGAUCAGUGCUUGUCGGGAUGCAAUAAGAAGCAACAACUUUCAUACACUGUUCAGGAUAAUGCGUGUGGGAGCAGCCCCUUUGUGAGAAGAGAAGCAGGACUUGCACAGAGGCAGCGUUUGCAGGCAGAUAACAGACCAGGAACAAUAAACAAUUUAGUCUCCUACUCUCUAGCAUGAACUCAUUGCAAAGGUAGCAUUGUAGUUAAGCUAUCAGGUGCGAUGUUAUUACACAAGUCAAAGCUUCGUGAAGGAAGCAUUAGUUUAAGUGUAGAUGUGAUAUUUAUGCAAGACAGGUAUAACUUCAGUUAUUUUUCUUACAGUAACUUAUUUAUGUAUUUUAAUAUAUUUUGUAGUUAAGGCAUUGUCCUUUUUCCAUUAAAACAUAGAUUGGUUUGAUAA